CUGUGCAUGACAGCACUACCGGGUCCCCGCAGGCUCUUUCUGUCUGGUCGGGCUCGGGCGGGAGCCGCGGGAUGGCGGCAAGCCCGUCCCCUGCGCCCGGCUCCGGGCCGAGAGUUGUGCGGGGGCUGCCCGGGCCCGGCCCUAGGGCAGCUGCCCUGACUGCAGGGGCUGCCCAAGUUCGGGCCGUAGUGUCGGGCCAGGCUCUCGGGCUGGUGCCCGCGCUCCGUCGCCGGGUGGCUCGGAGGCCGCGGCCUCCUCCCGCCUCGCCCAGCAGCGGCGCCCGGGUCUCUCUGCCUGCGGCGCCGCUCCUCCGACGGGCCGGGUGCGGUGCGGCGGCAGGGCCGGGGCCGCUCUGCUCCCGACACACCGUGAAUGUGCCCUUAGACCUUGGUGCCCCGCUGAACUGCCCCGCACAUGACGGGUGCCCGAGCCGCCCCAGUGAUCUGGUAGCAGCAGGGACAGCGCAGAGCAGUCGUCACUGCGGCCUCCCCGGGACAGGAUCUCCGAGGAGGAAUGAAAUCUCCAGUGUGGAGAAGGGGUUCAGAGAUCCAUCGGUCUGGGUGGAAAUCCACAUAGGAAAACGGGAUUUUCUAAUGUCAUAGGGUUUAGAAGAGUAUGACCAGCAUUCUCCAAAAAUACAGCUGUGCAGGGCACGGAUAUGCAUGAACUUGACUUAGUCUAAAAUUAAUGGGCAGGAAAAGGGAGAUUUCUUGCUGUGAUUAAAGGAAAGAAAGACACCAAUCAGCAUUUUGAGUAGAAACACCUGCAUGGUGCUGGUGGGUGUUGGAGGUACUAAAGACAUCUGCUGCACCCUUGGGAUCACCGUUCCUUUGGUAACCUGGAGGAGGGCAAACAUUACAGAGUGAAAGAGCUGCA